UUAUGUAUUUUAGUUUGGGUUUUUGUUUCAUUAACUAUAGUAGCCAGAGUAUAGGUAUAAUUUCUAGAAUUAAAAAUCAGUUAAACAAGAGAUUUGAAAAAGGAAUAAUGUGGGCGCGAGAAAAUUUAAAGGAACGAAAUUAAAUUAGAUACACACAGUAAAGUAAAAGGAUUAAAAAUUUUAAUAAAUGAAAUUAAUUUCAAAGAAUAAAAAUUGGAAGUUGGAUUUUAUUCUAUUAGAAUUAUUUUGUGAAUAUAAAGAAAGAUUAUGCAGUAAAUAACCUACUAUUGGAGUGGUGAUUUUGCCAUAAACAAAAAACAUACAAGUGUUUAGUUCCUAUCUAACUCUAUUGAGUUUAAAUUAAUUUUUUUAAAAAUAACACGAACAGUAUUUUUAGAGCGUAAUAUUAUACGACUAAGUCUUCCUAUUAGCUUAUUAAUGUAAAAAAUUGUGAUAUUUUCUUUGGAAAAUUAAAAAAAAAAAAAUAAUAAUAAAGAAAAUGAAGAGUCUAGAUGAUUACGAAGUAGUUUCAAUAAUUGGAAAUGGUUCAUUUGGAACAUGUUUUAAAGUUAAAGAUAAAAUUACAAAUAAAAUUUAUGCAUGGAAAGCAAUUAAUUAUGAUGAUGAUUUUGAAGAAUCUAAAAAAGAAAUUCUAGAUACUGAAAUUGGAUUCUUACAACAAUUAAAACAUCCAAAUAUAGUGCAAUAUUAUGAUAAUAUAUGCAAUAUUGAAACAAAAACAAUUUUUAUUAUUAUGGAAUAUUGUGAUGGAGGUGAUUUACAAAAUUUAAUAAAAAAAUGUCAAAAGGAAAAAUUAAAAUUUGAAGAAAAAUACAUAUGGAAAGUUUUAUAUCAAAUAUCAAAAGCAUUACAAUUAUGCCAUAAUAAAAUUGCAGAAGGUUGCAUUUUACAUCGUGAUAUUAAACCAGCAAAUAUAUUUUUAGAUAAAUGUGGUAAUGUUAAAUUAGGUGAUUUUGGUUUAGCUAGAAUUUUAAAACGUAAUCAACAAAAUUUUGCUGAAAGUUUUGUUGGUUCACCAUAUUAUAUGAGUCCAGAAAUAGUUAAAGGUCGUAAAUAUGAUAAAAAAUCUGAUAUGUGGGCUGUUGGCUGUUUAAUAUAUGAAAUGUGUUGUUUAAAACCACCAUUUAGAGGUAAUCGUUUUGAACAGCUAUCUGAGAAUAUAUCAAAUGGUCAAUUUAAUUCGAUACCAAAAUCAUAUUCAAAAGAUUUACAAGAAAUUAUUUCAUUUAUAUUAGAAGUAGAUAGUGAACAACGUCCAAAUGUUGAAAUAAUAUUAAGACAUCCAGUAUUCAUAAGAAAUUUAAAUGAUUUAAAAGCUGAUUUUCCGAAACUUUUACAACAAAAUGAUGAUGAUAUGAUAGCGGAUAAUAAUCAAUACGGAGUAAAAAAAUUAAUCUUUUCACCAAUUACUGAUAAAAAACAAAAUUCAACAAAUGAUUUUAGCUUUGAUGAAUUAAAUAAAACCAACAAUUUUAUUGUAUCAAAUCAAGAAAUAACUGAUAUUAGUACAACACAGUUAAGAGCAGAAUUAUUUGGUUCGCCUAUAAAAAAAAUAUCACCUAGAACAAGUUCAUUUCCAGAUUUAACACUUAUUAAUAAUGAAAGAAUAUAUGCAAAUUCAAUAAUGACUUCAAAUUAUAAUUAUGAUAUUAGAGAACGUUAUAGAUAUGACGAUCCAAAAAUGUUGACUAGAGAUAUUUUUGAGGAAGCUUUAAAACAACGUUUAGAAACGAUAAGAGCUCAUGAAAUGCUUUUAAAACAAAGAGAAAAUAAUUUAAUGGAAAAGGAGAAGCAGUUGAUAGAACAUGAAAAACGUUUAAUUUCACUUCAAAAGGAUUUAGAAGAAAAAAAGCAUCAUGUUGAAGGAAUGCUGAAAAAAGUUGCAACGGAAAAACGUCAAUUAACAAAACGUUGUCCAAAGCGACGUACUUUAAAAACUUUGGAGACAUCUUACUGUUCAAUUGAGCUAAAUGAAUCUGUUAUAACACCAACUGUUGCAAAAUUGGAAAUAUCUUCGAUGCCACCACCAUUAGGAAUGUUAAGAAAUAACCAUAGAAAAUCAGUUACAUUUAGUUCUCCCAAACAAAUAGUAAAAAUUAACAAAGAGAAUAUUCUACAAUUACAACCAAUAAGAGAUGCAAAAAACAAUAAUUUUCAUUCCAGUCAUUCUAGUAAAACAAGUACUGAAUCGGAAAAUAGUGUUAAUAAAAAUUCUAAUAAUAAAAGACGUUCUAUUUUAUCACUUUUUGGACUAAACAAUUCACAAAAAAAUAAAACAAAUCAUAACAAUAAUAACAAUUCUAAUAGUAACCUCAAUAAUGAUUUUAAUAAGAGUAGAAAAGAAACUGAUGAAAAAGCUAAAACUUUAAUUACAAAGAAUUAUAAUCAAAGCAAAGUCAGUGAAAAUAAUGAAUUGGAGAUAUUAGAUAAAGUUAAUUCAAAUGAAAUAACACAGAUUUGGACAAAAGAGAAUAAAAAAGCUGCUUUUGAUAUGCUCGCUGCAAUGAACAGUGCUGCUGAUAAAGAUUUUGAUUUUCAAAACAAUUGUACAAAUUUCACUAGUUCUCAGAGAAAUUCAAAUUUACGAAAGACCACCCGAGAUCGAGGAACAAGUUUAAAUCGAUCAAGUAAACUAAGAAGAUCUGCUGUUUAUUUGUCGCCGAAUACAUCAGGAAAUCGUAUUUUAUUGUAAAUCAAUAUAAAUUUAAAUUGAAAUAAAACAUAAAGAUAAA